UGUUCACUGAUAACAAUUCGCAUCUGAGAAAUUAUAGUAUGUGGGUCAAGUUCAGAUAAAAAAUACCCCUCAGACAGAAUCUGUUUUCAAUAUCCAUUCACAGUCCUAUAAAAGUCAUAUGAAUAUGAACUCACAAGAUCAGCUAAUCUAGGGUAUUUAUUAAAAUAUGACUCAACAUUAUUUAAUGGUAGUUUCCAUUUGGAUAUUAUCUUCAAUGGCAUCCGCAAAUUCAUUUACUAUUGGAGUACGGAUUUUUGGAGGCGAAGAAGCGACUAAUCCAAUCCCUUAUCAGAUAUCACUUCAAAAACUUCGAGCCACGAAGUGGGAUCAUUUUUGUGGAGGGUCCAUAAUUUCACAUUCUUAUAUUGUUACGGCUGCGCACUGCGUCUACCAAGAAGAAGUUGAAAGGCUUUCCAUUUUAGCUGGAACAACCAACCGUUUGAGCAAUUCGACCCGAUAUCUGAUCCAGUCAUACAUCCCUCAUCCAAACUAUAGAGCAAAUAACCACCACGACAUAGCUCUCGUCCAAACCAAGCACCAGUUCCAGUUUACCUCCAACAUUGCUCCAAUUAAUUUCGAGAAAAGAUACUAUAUUCGCAGCGGUGUAAGAUGCCAUGUUUCUGGUUGGGGUGUUAUGGAAAGGGUGCGUACUGCACCAUUCCCCGAGGAAUUGCAAACAACCGAUUUGUGGACUAUUUCAAAUCGUUUAUGUCGUCGAUUUUACAAUGUUUCAAUGAAUGAGAUAUGCACCUUUGGAAUGGUGGACGAAGGAACCUGUGCGGGUGAUUCUGGUGGUCCACUUGUAAGCUGGGACAGAUCUCAUCUUAUUGGCGUAGUGUCAUACGGCCCGGCGUACUGCGGAACGGGCAUUCCAGAUGUUUACACGCGGAUUUCAGUAUUUACAAAUUGGAUUAGGGGAGUCAUCAAAGCUAACUUAUAGAUGGUAUUCGUAGUAGGAAUGUUUUAUAAGCAUGUAAAAAUAGAGUAACAAUAAAUUACUUUAAGACUAAGUAUAAACGAUGUACUAACCUUUGUAACUACGAUAUUUUUUAUUUCAUUUCUCUCAUUACAUAUUUUCUCAGUGGAUAGCGGAUGUCUAGGGGAAUAGAUAACUUGUGCUCCUCAAGUGACUUUCAUCGGUAGCGUUAAUUGAAUUACUUAUGAAACCCGGAUUUUGCUAAUAUUUUAUCUGCCUAGACAUUGAGUGCCUGGUAGCUUCGGUCCUGACAUAGUUGCAAUAAGGUAGCAGCGUAAUGGAAACUACUUUAGAUUAUUAGUAUGGGAAUUUUUAACACCUUACGAAGCUAUGUGAGCGAGAAUGCCCUUGUGAAAAUAUUUCUCAUGCAAAUGAUUGCGAGCGUACUUUCGUUCCCAAAGAUGGCCAUUAAUUAGUUUGAUUAACUACGGGAAAGCAAAGAUUUUCAUCAAAGCACUAAUGACUUUAAGUGAAUUACACAACUGAAAAUA